AUGUCGGAGCACAUCAUGCUGAUCCAUGGUGACCUUUUGACGAAGGAGCGACUGGAUACUGUCCAUAACAGCCGGUGCAUUGAGCAUACACCAAAGAACCACUUCCAAUACGUGAUUUUCUUACCUGGGUUGUUCCACUAUAAGAUGGCUUGCGCAGAUGCCAUCUGGAGAACGUAUAUUCAGCCAAAGGAGGGCCGUGAUGAUGAGAACAGCCUGUACCAACACACUGCAGUCCUUCGGCCAGAGGAAACUGGUAAAAUGGUCAGUAAACCUGGCUUUCGGCAAGUGCACGAUGUCAUUCACCAUGACAUCUGGGCAUCGAUGAUGGACUGUUGGCAGAUCGAAGCAGAGAACGAGAAUUGGGAAUGGAACACGCUGGAGACUUUCGCGGCCUCUGAGCCAAUAUGGGAUGACGUGGUGGCAAUGUCACAUACCAUUGUGCGGAAGUAUGUUGCAACAACGCCAGGCCUUGACAAAGCACGAGCACGACCAUCGACCAUCCGCGACAAGCGAUUCGAAAAUCAAAUGCUGCGAAACAGGGACGAGCUGAUGUACAUUGAUGUCUGUCAAGCUAUGAAUACUGGUGACAUAGGGAGAGUGGAAGUGUCGUUCUUACCGUGGAUCUACAUAUUCAAAGCCACGGGAAAGCACAAGUAUGCUUCCCAGAUGACGAGGUUUCUCAUAAACCUUCAGUUUAACUGGCCUGAAAAACUGAGGAACAAUCUGUACACCAAGGUCAUAUACAGAGGCGGAGGUCCGAAUGGUACAUUAGAACAUAUUAUUAAAGAAUCCCCUCUGAUCAAGGUCUACCAUAACUGUCACGUCGUCAUCGAAAACAGAUUCCACCUUCAGCAUCAAACAAUUCGUCAUGCACAACCUGAAAUGAUGAAUACAAUCCGUAAGUUGUCAACGAAAAUAAAGGAGAACUACGCACAUAUAAAGAAGGAGGGUCGGAAGGCCCUGUGGUCGAUUCCUGAUCAGAUCAAUGAAGGGAUGGUGCUGAUGCAAGAGCAGAAGAUAGUUAGCGAGGAAGAGACGGGCGUUUUCGACGUCGACGGAGAUGACUUUAUUGACUAA